AUGAUACAGCUUUUAAUUGAAUGCUUUAAAAGAAUACCUGCAGAGUUUAGUUAUCAAGACUUGCAAAUUAAAAAAUCAUUUCCUAAUAUAAGUUCUGUUAAAUUGAAUGAUGUUUCAUUAAAACAAAAAUCAGAGAAUUUUUUACUUAAAGGUAAUAAUAUCGAUGUAAUUGAUGAGCAAGUAAUUAAAGAAGUAGAAGUAUUAAUUUCUACUCAAUUACUCUUUGAAGAAGACGUUGGUGUAGUAGAAAAUUUAUUGUCUAGUUUCAAAGUAAAAAAAUUUGGAAUGUUGAGAAGUAUGUUUCAUGGAAUGCUAGGACUGAUUAUGUUUUCUGGUUUAAUUUUAUAUUUGAUAAUAGGCAGCUAUGCUUUUUUCAUAACAUCAACUUAUUAUGCUUACAAAGCUGCUGAUUAUUUAUGGAAAAGCAAUUAUCGUCAAAAUCGUUUAAAAAAGUUAACCGGUAUUCUUCAAACAAAUUUUAAUUUAUUGACUAAAACUGUAAAAUUUAUUAAUGAGAACAAUAGAUUUUUAGACAUUAAUUCCUCUGCAUUGAAUCCUGAAUUGGGUGAGCUCAAAGCAGAGCUUAAUUUUUAUAACAGUUUUAAAUCAGACUUUUACUCGUCAUUAAUUGAAGUGAUAGAAAUUCUUUCCGAGUCAACCCAAAAAUUAAUAAUCAAUGUACCAUUGCUGGAAUAUGUGGAAAACCCUGAUCAGUAUUUAUUUAAUAAAAUAAAUGAUAAUUAUUGUAAAUCUUUUGAUUUGUUAAAAUUGUAUAAUAUUUAUUUAUUGGCACAAGCUGAAUUUCUUCUUAGACUUAUUUUAAGUUUAAUACCUAAUUUGCAUGCGAGAAAGGAAAAUAAUUUUCAAAUUAUAAAUAAAAUUCUUACUGAAGCCAGUUUAAAGUUAUUGAAAAUUACUAAUGUGUUAAGUAAAAAAUUUAAAUUUGUGUAUGUGAAUGGUGUGCUUAAUUUUAAAUCCAAAGUCAAUCAAAACAAACCUGAAAAGAAAAAAAUAUAUAAAACCAAAUAUGAAGAUGAAUUUGCUUGCAACAUGCACGAUGUGUCCAACUCGUUUCAAAAUUUAUUAAUCAAAUCUAGAAUUUUAGAAAAAAAUUUAAAAGACAAUAAAAAUCCUAUUGAAAUUGAAAAUGUUUUAAUUAACAUAGAAAAAGAAUUAAACUAUUGUCAAAAAAGUAUUUCAGAUGGUUUUAUCCUUUUAAAAAAAGCAAUGGGUGGAAAUGUUGAAAAUGAAGAAGUUCUGCAAAUAAAGGAAAACCAACCAGAAACAUUUGAUAUGAAUGAGAAAAAAAAAAUUGAAGUUGGUUUUACUGAUUUUAAUUCGAAUGUUGAUGAUGAAGUUUUUGAAGCUUAUUUUUUAGAAGAUGAUAAUAAUGAAAAAUCUGAUAUCUGUGAUGUUGACGAUUGGGAUGUUGAAAAUGUGAUGAAAAGAAAAUUAGAAAGAGAAUUUUCUAAAAAUGUCAUGUCUGAACUCAAGACUAAAAUUGAAGAAAGAGAUAAUAAUUGGAAGAAAAGGGAAGCAAAUAUCAUACCGAAAAGAUUUGGAAUUCUCAAAAAUGAAGAAUAUUUUAAGAAUAAAAUUGAUUUGGAUAAAAUAAAUGAUAAUAAUAUUGAUUCUCAUAAAGGAAAAGAUAAUCAUCUUAAUUGUGUAUCAAAUCACGAAGAAAAUUCUCAAUCGAUUCCUGUAUCUUACAUGGAUGGUAUUUUGAAAUCUCGUUCAAAAAUAACAAAAAAUAAUAAUAAUAAUAAUAAUAACAGAAGUGUAAAAAACAAUUAUAGUACUGUAUCACAUAGUGAAUUAUUAAAUUAUUCUUCAGAAUUUAUAAAUAAAACGUUUUUAAAUGACAUUAAUCUUAUGAGACAAAAAAUAUUUAAAACCAACGUAACAGACAAAGAAGAAGAACAUUUUAGCAAUUCUGAUUGUAGCACAGACGAUGAAAAUGAUUAA